UUGCUCAGUCUCAAAACUUGUUAGCAGUGACAUAUCCGCUGAACUAAGGAUGAACUCCACUAGAUUUAAACUUUUCGUAUUGAAUGAUGACCAGCGGAGAGCGGAGAUGGACGAACCCAAGAUGCCAAUGUCCCGCGUCUGGGGUUUCCCCCGCAUGCGCCGCUAAGCGAAUUGCGAGUCCCGCAUUUCCCCGGGUUGUUGUCUGAUGCGGCACUCAUCAGAACCGGGGUAAAUGUGUCCUUAUACUACCCAAAAUAAGGUAUAUAAGCCCUAGUCCAUUGAGUCGGUGCCUGUGUAAAUGCCCUUCUGCUGUGACCAAGGCCGGCAUGUUUUUCUAUCUAUAUAUUUCUUUCAUCGAUUGACCCGACUACUUGUGCUCAUUGCUCUCGCGUGAUUCUUUGCAUUCCCAGUCAUUCCAUCUGAUUUGUGGAGGCUCAAAUCUUCCAUACCUUCUUGAACCAGCAACAUGGCGGAUGUCGACAAAGCAUCAUCAUUCCAUGUAGAAUCGACCACGAAACCGUACGAUGACCGGGUAUCAGAGUCCUUCGAAGGACUAUCGGCCGAAGAGACACAGGCACUAGAGAAAAAAUUGGUCCGGAAGAUUGAUAUCCACCUGAUUUCAUCACUAUUCCUCUUGUUCAUCUUCAACAUCCUCGAUCGCUCGAACAUUGCCAAUGCCCGUCUCGGGGGGAUGCAGGAGGACCUCCAUCUGUCGGAUACCCAAUAUCAGACAGCAGUGGCCAUUAUGUUCGUCGGGUAUCUGCUGGGUCAGGUCCCGAGUAACAUUCUCCUCACCCGCCUGCAGCCCUCGCGGUACAUUCCGACGGCAAUUUUCAUCUGGGGCGGCAUCUCGCUCUGCACAGCCGCCACCAAGAACUUUGCCGGGAUUAUGUGUGUGCGAGUCUUUCUCGGGUUCGCCGAAUCGCCGUUCUUCUCCGGAGCAUUACUUCUGAUUAGUUCCUGGUACAAGCCAUCGGAGAUCGCCGUGCGGGUAGCGUUGGUGUAUUGCGGAAACACGGUGGCCAACGGGUUUGGCGGCCUGCUUGCCGCGGGUAUCAUGGAUGGGCUGAAUGGAAAAGGCGGUCUCGCUGGCUGGAGAUGGCUCUUCAUCAUCGAAGGCGCGGGCACGAUGGUAGCCGGUCUACUGGCGGUGGUGCUUCUGCCCGACUUCCCGCGCUCGGGGCAGCGCAAGUGGCUGAACGAGCAGGAGCAGCGGUUCGCCGAAUGGCGCCUGGCGCGCGCGGCCAACGAUGAGGUCGAUGAGAACGGGUCCGUCAAGGAGGGCUUGAGAGAUGCCCUCACCGACCCGAAGGCAUGGAUGCUGAUCUCAAUCCAAAUCUGCCAACUCACCUCCCAGAGCUGGACUUACUUCUUCCCCACCAUCGUCAAAACCCUCGGGUUCGACAACACAAUCACCCUCCUCAUCACGGCUCCCGUGUACGUCUUCGGGUUCUUCACGGCGCUGGGAAACUCCUUGAUCGCGAACCGCACGAACCACCGCGCGAUCCUGAUCAUCUGGCCCCUGUGCGUGGAUAUCGUGGGCAACAUCAUGGUCAUCUCGUCGCGCGCCACGGCGGUGCGAUACGUCGGGAUGUUCCUGAUGUGCGCCGGGUCGUACUCGGCGUUUAACGUCGUGCAGGCGUGGAUCGCGAGUACGAUCCCCCGCACGCGGACCAAGCGCGCCAUCGUGUACGCGCUGGUGAACCUGUUCGGCAACUCGUCCAACAUCUACGGCUCCUACUUCUUUCCCACCUCAGACGGGCCCCAGUAUCGGCCCGGUGGGAUCACGCUUUCGUCCUUCGCCGCGGCGGGGAUUGUGUUGACGUCGUUGUUGGCCGGCUACCUCCAUCUCCUCAAUAAAAGGGCCAAGAAGGCCGAGGAGCGGGACGGUCAACAGCGCUAUAGGUAUAUCUGGUAGAUAGCGGGAGGGAACUGAGGAAAAGUGAAUCGCUUUGCCAUGAGCAUUGUGAAUUCGUCUUGGAGAAUCCCAACAAGUGAUAACAUACGAAUAUUGCCUCUCAUCUACCUUCACUGUGUAAUGAGCACGCGCUCUCUUCAUUUCAUGUGGAAUCGAACACACUAGACCCUGCGCCAAAAGGCGGACUCACUUCGUGU